AUGCAAAAUUCAACCGGUCAAACUGUUUACUUUCCUCCGCAGCCGCAUGGGGAUGGUGGUGGGGCACAUCCGCAGCUUGGUGGUGGUGGUGGUGGAGGUGGUGGGGGUGGUGGAGGAGCACAUCCACAGCUUGGUGGUGGAGGGGCACAGCAGCCGCCACCGCCUCCGGCAGAUGGGAACAAGAAGGCCGAAGCGGCUCCGAUGAAGAGGGCGAGCACGAAGAAGAUUCUCAUUCUGGAAAAGGUCGAUGAUAAAUACGAAUAA